CGCGGCGUACCCGCGGACCGGUCCGCCCGCGGAAGCCCGAACCCGGCAAGGAAAACUAACACCUCACGCCGUCGCAUCGCACGGGCUGCCCCGGUUCAUUCGGACUUCCGCCUCCCCAACUCUGCGGCGACCCAACCCCAGCCCGACCCCACCUCCCGCCGCUGCCGCCGCCGCCGCCCGCGACUUCGUCGUCAAGAGCAGGGUUCCGGCAGCCGCGUCUCCCCUCCCCCACACUCGGUUUACGCGUCGGCUCGCUACCGGAGGCCCUCGCCCCUUCGACUCGUACGCCCGUCGUCCCCGGCGGCGAUCCGGCCGGCACCGGAACCCUAGGGUUCCGACGAAGCAGGAAUGAUGAGUCAUCAGCAGCAAAUUGCCCCUCCUAGUAGGGGUUCUGUGAAUGGAUUCCCCCAUCGGAAGCUGGAUAGGGAGGGUAGUGGAAGGCAUGAAAGUAAAAUAAAUUUGGUGAGGUCAUCGUCUGGUGGUUUUACCAACUCAGAAAAUGGCAUCAAACUAGGGCAUGGAAGCCAUUCGAGGGACCGGCUAAUCUAUGUUCUAACACAACUUAUUGGGCAUCAUGUGGACGUGCAUGUGAAAAAUGGGUCUAUAAUCUCUGGAAUUUUCCAUGCAACAAACUCUGACAAAGACUUUGGAGUAGUCUUAAAAAUGGCUCAGGUCAUAAAGGAUGGUUCUGCCAGAGGACAAAGAUAUUCUGAUGAUGUUGUAAAGAAACCUGAGACUAUGAUAAUACCAGCAAGGGAGCUUGUACAAGUCUUCGCCAAGGAUGUAGCACUUGGCGGUGACGAGCUGGCAAAAGGUCCUGGCCAUGACAAAAGGAAGGACUUGCUGAUUGAUUCUGCUAUUUCCCGCUCUCAUUAUCUUGAAGAGAGGGAACUUGAGCGCUGGGCACCAGAUGAAGGAGAUUCAGAGUGUAUUGAACUGGAGAAGUAUGACAGAAAGGGAAAUAGGAGCUGGGAUCAGUUUGAAACCAAUGCAGCUUUGUUUGGGGUAAAGAGUACUUUCAAUGAAGAAAUUUAUACCACAAAGCUUGAGAGAGGUCCUCAUAUGAGAGAGCUUGAAAAGCAUGCUUUGAAAAUAGCUAGAGAAAUAGAGGGAGAAGAUACCAAAGAUACUCAUCUUGCAGAGGAGAGAGGCUUAUUCCUGGGUGAUGACUUGGACCAUGAUGAAGAGAUAAAAUAUUCAGCAGUACGUAGAGACUCCGAUAACAGCAAGUACAAGCCACCAUUUGCUAAAAUUCCAAGCAGUACAUGCCAUGUUGAUUCGUUUAACAGGACAGUCAAUAUUGAUCCCAAGGAUUCACUGGCAUGUUCAUCAAAAAUGGAUGAAGAAUCAUCAUCCCACAUAUUUGAUGAUACCGAUGCAUCUGCCACUAUCCAAACCAAUAGCGUUAGCCAACCAACAUCUGAUUACCUAUCAGAUAGACCCUUGUCCAAUCAUGCCCACAGGUACAAAGUCCUCUUCACCUGGGUUGUUCAGUCUUCAAUUAUGGAUAUUGUUGUGCACCUUAGGUUGGACAGAAAGCUGAGCAAAGAGAGUAAUGAAAAAAUGGAUAACAGGAAGUUGCAACCUGAGAGUAAUUUAUCUGAUGGUGCCAGACCUCUUAUUUCUGAAGGCUUGGAUGGGCGACCCUCAAGUUCACAUGCAUAUGAACCCUCAUCUUCUGGUCAAGCAUUCAAAUCUCGAGAAACACCUGAUUUGACAGUAUCUGUCAAACAUCCUUCUGCGACGGAACCUGUGACUUCCUCUCAAAGACCUGGCAGUUCAACAUCGUCAACAUCAGAGCGCAUUGCUGCAAACUCAGCCGCGAGUGCUCCUGGCUUGUCACCAAGCUCUUCAAUAGGAUCCCUUACCUCUGAAAAAUCAACUUUGAACCCUAAUGCUAAGGAAUUCAAGCUAAAUCCUAAUGCCAAGAGUUUCACUCCAUCAGCAUCUCUAAGGCCACCACACCCUACAUCAUCUGAUGCAUCGUAUUACUAUCCUAAUAACAUGCCGGCGGCACCACUUGGACCUGGUUUGCCAGUGGGCAUGGGGUUCCCACCGGCAUAUGGUGCCCAGCCUGUCAUGUAUAAUACUCAACCUGGAGCAUCACCGCAGGGUUACAUGCAUCCUGCUGGUCCACAGUAUGGGCAACAGAUGAUGAUGGGGGGGCAGACUCGUCCUGUUUAUUAUUAUGCGCCUGAGAUGCAACAAUACAGAGGAAGAAACUUCUAGAUAUACUAUUUUGAACUGCUGCUAGAUGAAAGCUGCAGCAAUCCCCACAAGUGGGACUAUGACCAGGCAAAAACCGCUAUUAGAAUGGAAAGAACUGGUGAUGACCUCCCUGACUUUGUGUUGCUCGGAUUGCUUGGACAAAAAGCCCCACCGACUUUGUGUUGCUCGGAUUGCCUGGUCAAAGCUCUUCAUUUUUCUGUCAGUGUUGCUCCGAAGCAGGUUGACUGGAAUUUCUUAUUAUUUUUGUCAGACUAUUGAUGUUGUAAAUUAAAUUGCGGGUCAUCUGUUCGACCCAGAAAUGACAUUCAUAAAUGUGUGAGAGUGCCCCAUGUAACAUUUAUGUGUUCCUUAACGCUUGUUCUGAUGUAAGAUUUGAAUGAAUUCUCAGAGCUGAAAUGGAUUAAAUUGCUGACCUA